AUGACUUCUCCAAGUUUUAUGAGUGGGCAUGCCAUUGCCCAGAUCGGCGGCACAAUUGCUGAGGUCCAGGCUUUUUGCAAGGAAGAUCAGCCCAUCUACUUGGCAGUGAAAGGAGUGGUGUUUGAUGUCACUUCCGGAAAGGAGUUUUAUGGACGAGGAGCCCCAUACAAUGCCUUGACUGGGAAGGACUCCACCAGAGGGGUGGCCAAGAUGUCCCUGGAUCCUGCAGACCUCACCCAUGACACUACGGGUCUCACGGCCAAGGAGCUGGAGUCCCUGGAUGAUGUCUUCACCAAAGUAUACAAAGCCAAAUAUCCCAUCGUCGGCUACACAGCCCGGAGAAUUCUCAACGAGGAUGGCAGCCCCAACCUGGACUUCAAGCCUGAAGACCAGCCCCAUUUUGACCUAAAGGAUGAGUUCUGAUGCUCCCUCUGCAGGGGCAGGUUGUGGGGAGGGUGGGGCCUGGAGACACUCAGGUGCUAAAUCUCCUGCAAAACAGGCUGCCUGAAGCCUCUGCGUCAGCCCGAUCUGAAUAAAACAGACGCUUACCCUGGAAGAGUGACAGCUCUUUAUUGUCCUUGGUCGAGUGUCCUGUCUCCUCGGGUAUCCCUGCCUGCACACCAGCCAGCGUGGCAAUAAGAGCCAAGAUGGGAAGCCUCUGAAAUGUCAGCUUGGCUGUCUGGGCCAUGGAAUCAUGAGUGACCUUUAUUCUGUAUCCUUUUCUGUACUUGCCAAAUUUUCUACUGUGACCAUGUUUACUAAAUAAUGAUAACAAAAAUAAACUUCCUAUUGGUACAAAAGGAGAA